AUGGCGGUAUAUCGGCUCUGUGUUCUGUUGGUAGUUUGUGGAAUUAUUAGAACGAAUGGUUUGGAUGUACAACGCCUUAAUGAAGAUAUCCAAUCUAUGUUUUCAUGCAGUGCUCAGAAAAUUGGACUAGCGGUGUCAAUUGUUCAAGAUGGAGAGUUAAAAUUCGCUGAAGGAUAUGGGAUUACUAAUAUAGACACCAAUGAAAAAGUAACCAACAAAACAUUAUUUAGCCUGGCUUCGCUAUCGAAGGCAUUUGCUGCAACAAUAUUGGUCAAACUUUUACAGAAAUCAGAAUUUACUAUCAAGUCUACAGUUAGAGAGGUUGUUGGUGGUGAUUUUCAAUUCUAUGACAACCUAAGAACUAAAUAUGCUACAUUAGAAGAUUUAUUGGGUCACAGAAUGGGUUUACCCUCAAACAAUGAUAUUAGAUACGAUGAUAAAUUAACUAGAAAAAAUCUUUUAGAUCGAAUGAAAUAUUUACCAGGCUACAAGACAUUCCGGGGUAGUUUUGUAUAUAAUAACUUGAUGUAUGGUAUUUUAACAUAUAUAGCCGAGAAGCUAGGUGGUAAAUCCUGGGAAGAAUUAGUUCGGGAAGAGAUAUUUCAACCUUUAGAAAUGACCAACUCUACCUUCGCUACUAUUGCGGAUUUUGAACACUCUGUAGCCCUACCUUAUAUGUAUGAUAAUGACACUGAUCCUACCAAGCUUCCGGAUGAGUAUACUAGACGAUGGGCAUUACUGUGUGGUUCCGGUUGCGUCAUGUCUAAUGCCGUAGAUAUGGCUAACUGGAUGAACUUCCAUCUCAGUAAUGGUAAAACACCCAGUGGAAAACAACUAAUGGAUACUAGCACAGUCAAAGAUAUGAGGAAACCUCGUAACUUCAAUUCACCGUUGAAAUAUUUUAGCAAACCAAAGUUCCCUAAGACGACAUCUAAAGAUGGCUAUGGUCUUGGAUGGUUCCUGGGCUAUUAUGAUGGUAUGAAGAUUCAGUGGCAUAGUGGUUCUACUCGUGGUUAUAGGGCAUUACUAACAUUAUACCCAGACUAUAACAUAGGAAUAUUUACCGCAUUAACUGGUCGAGAUGAUGACUAUGUGUUUAGAGUGACUCUACAUAACUAUAUUACCGAUAGAAUAAUGAAUAGGGAGCCGUGGAUACAGCCGAAUUCAACUUUCUGUGAUCUCCCAGCGCCGCAUGUCACUGUCAAAAAAUCUUCUCCGAAAAAAUAUGACUUUAUUCAACCAUCAAAAGAUCUGUCAGUGUACGCUGGAACUUACUCUCACCCAGCGUUUGGUCAUUUAGAAAUACGAGUUAAUGAAUCGGGAAAACAUCUUGAAGCUAUUUAUGGGUUCUCCAAGUUUUCUCUUCGCAGAUUUUCAGCUGAUAAAGACAAAGAAGAACAUUUCUAUGGCCAAGGUGAAGGUAUCGUUUUUCAAUCAAGUCAAAGUCCGUUCGUGUUCGAUAUGAAUCUAGAAAAUGGACAAGUCCAAUCUAUUAAAAUGGUAGCAUUUGAACGGAACAAAGUUCCAAUACUUAAAAGACUUUCUGGAACUGCCUCCUCUGCUAGUGUUUUUACCAUUUCUUCAAUGUUGUUCAUUAUAGUGUCUUCCAUUCUUUUCUUACGGUAA